UUGAAGAAAUCACACACUCGUCUCUCCUCUCUGAUCACCUCCAGCAGUAAUCAUGAAGAUCCUGAGCAUCACGGCUCUCACUGGACUCCUGCUCUCUCUCUCAGGAUUUGAGGCCAUUGUACAGCUGACCCAGGAGAAGAUCAUGAACGUCAAUGUUGGACAGGAUGUACAGAUUCUCUGCAGGAGGAAUGGUGGUAGCUGGCUCAUUUCAUGGUACCAGCAGAAAGCUGGAGAUGCUCCAAAGUUCUUACUUGCUGAUAGCACCAGAGCCAGUGGCCUGUCCAGUAGAUUCACUUACACAGACAACGGUAAUGACGAGUACCUGAACAUCGCCCGAGUGGAGGCUGAGGAUGAAGCGGUGUACUACUGUGGCUGCAUCAUUUGUGAGAACCAUGGCAGCAUCGGUGGAGGCACUGAGUUAAGGAUCGCUCGUCCGUCGUCUCCUCCAUCCCUGCUCCUGCUCGCUCCCUCUGGUUCUCCGCUCUCUGAGGGUGAUGUCAGUGUGGUGUGUGUGGCUCGAGGCUUUUACCCUGACAGUGUGACCAUAUCCUGGUCUGAGAACAGCAAUAGCGUGACAGGCGAUGAGGUGCAGACGGGUCUGUAUCAGCGUCAGGCCGACGGCACGUUCUCCCAGACCAGCAUUCUGAAGCUCAGUCAGCAGCGUUGGAGCUCUGGGAAAACCUUCACGUGCCGUCUGAGUCACCCGGCGCUUUCCACAGCACUGAGUCAGAGCACCAGCCUGGACCAGUGCAUUUAGAGAGAUAUAUAAAAUACACCCAAGUGGGGGGAACAAAACCCUGUUUUUAAGAAUGAGUGUGCUGUCCAUUUCAACAAUUGCUUCUGUUAUUGUGUGUUGAGUCUCAUGGCUGUCUAAUCAGUUGUUUCAAAUCUAUUCCUUUAAAAAAUAAAAGCAUUUAAAAUUUCCAAA